AUGGCUUCCAACGGAUCCGAAUCGCCAGACGAGUCGUUCUUCAACGACCUCUCCCAACAAGCGCAAGACCCGAAUGCUACCAACAGUCAGGAAACGCAACAGGAUGGAUCAAGCAAGGUCAAGAGGAUUGCCUGUGUUCUGUGUAGGAAGCGGAAGUUGCGAUGCGACGGCACCCGGCCAACAUGUUCGACCUGUAAACGUCUAAACCACGAUUGCGCAUACGACGAAGUACGCAAGAAAAGUGGACCCAAGCGCGGCUACGUCAAGCUGCUCGAACAACGGCUGCAGCAAGUCGAGACCCUCCUCAAGACACAAGACACAACCGACUCGAGCAAGGACGCCCCGCACCAGGACGCCGCUUCCGCAUACGUCGCGAACACUGUAAAUCAAUCGCUGCCGAAUUCUAGAGAUGUGCCCAACACAACAGGCAAUACUCAAGCGGCCGGUCGGUCGGGGAUUAAUGGCGCAAGCCCAUUCCAAAAUAUCGGUAUACCAGGGAACGACGCGGGGCAAGAGACCUCGUGGGAGAUGAUAGGGCUUGGGCUCGAGGAACCUUUACCUCCCCAAGAAAUCAUGGACGAUUUGUACGAGCAGAACCUGGCCCGUAGCAUGAUCCAUCUCACACUGCCCGUCAUACACAGACCACGGUUUAUGGCCGCACUGAACCUGUCUCCUCAAGCGCGCCCACCGGUUUGCCUGCGGUAUAUCAUGUGGACCCUAGCCGCUUCCAUCACAGACAAGUACGAGGCGUUACAAGAGCAUUUCUACCAACGUGCUAGGAAAUAUGCGCAGAUGGAUGAGAUGAGAGGCCACGGAGAGUCGACCAUCACCCUUGCGCAUUGCCAGACAUGGGUUUUGAUGGCUACGUACGAGUUCAGACAGAUGUACUUCCCAAGAGCCUGGAUGUCAUCCGGGAGAGGUUCAAGACUAGCCCAGAUGAUGCAGCUGCAUCGCCUGGACGGAGUUGGACUAGAUGUAAAGCAAUGCCUGGCUCCACCCAAGGAUUGGACCGAGCGUGAGGAACGGCGGAGAACCUUUUGGCUAACCUUUUGCAUUGAUCGAUACGCGAGUAUUGGAACUGGCUGGCCCAUGACCUACGAUGAGAAAGACAUCAUGACAAACCUGCCAGCAAGCGAAGAAGCGUUCGACAAGAGUAAGCCCAUGGAUACUGGAUCACUGGACCAAUUACUCAAUCCUAAUGGCGUGCAAAACCUUCAACCACUUGGCGGUAUCGUCCUUACAGCUGCAAUGUUUGGCCGUAAUCUGCUUCACUUACAUCGACCACUGUCAGAUGACAACGAGAACGAUAUCAAUGGCGGAUUCUGGAAUCGACAUCGAAGCAUCGAGCGUAUACUUCUGCAGACCUCGCUGAGCCUGCCGGAUAGCAUACGCCUGCCAUCCGGUAUAGCCGAACCCAACGUAGUGUUCACGAACAUGUGCAUACAUACGUCGGCAAUAUGUCUUCACCAAGCAGCCAUCUUCAAAGCAGACAAAUUCCGGCUACCAGCAAGCGUCAGCAAUGAAAGCAAGAUUCGUUGCGUAACAGCAGCAGCCGAGAUUGCUUCCAUCAUGCGGAUGAUCAGUCAUAUGGACCUCGGUUCAGCGAUGGAAGCUCUUCGACGGAAGAACCCACUCACAGAGUCGUUCUUGGUGCAAUUAGAUCUUGAUCUAGAGGGUGCAGGUCUGCAGGGCAUGCGUCAUCAGCCAUACACACAGCCCACGCGCAAAGUGAGUCAAACUCCAGAGGUCCUCCAGGGACUCAGUGAUACGAUUGGGAGUCGAUUGAGUCAGAGUUAUCCCAAAGGCUUCGGAAGUACUGCAGCUCAAGCCUUCGGGCCCGCCGGUGGUUUUACUUUCCAGGACAACGAGAUGGACCUCUCCGGAGGCGAUAGGGGUGUCGAUCAGCCCAGCCCCGCCACAAUAAGCUCACAGUCAAGAGGAGGCUCGACGUCACAUUCUUCUUACUCACCAGGCCAACCAAUCGAACACAACAUGCCAUACCGGGCAUCUCCAAAGAUGACGGGGCCAGGCUCUGGCAGCGUCUUCCCAGACCUCGCAGCUAAUAGAGGAACGUUUCCUACAAAUGGCUUCAAUCUACCCAGCAACAUGGGCAACGAAGCUUAUACUGAUGGCUUCGUAAUGGGUAACGAAUGGGAAUACGCAGCGUUGAACGCGGGGACAGGCCUGACGCCCAUGGCAGACGCGUCCUGGGAUUCGAUGUUGGAAAGCGUCACGAUGGGAUGGGAUUCAGUUGGCCCUGGGCAUGAGAAUCAACCGAAUGCUGCUGGAGUAUGA